AUGUUCUCGCCAGCUCAUUUUUACGACAAUAUGUUUCCCCCUCAUGAUGGGCCUCUGGGAAUCUUUUCUGCGACCGCGGGCUGUCUCGCAGUGGGGAGUCUAUUGACUGCUGUGGUAUCUUGCCUGAGACCUAGCUACUCCAAUAUUAUCGAUUGGAUCUUCCACCAUCUUCUUCAAUGGGUUUACCUGAUAGUAGCUUGUUUCUAUCCUACCGUCUACCCGUACGAUCUCGCCAGGAACGCCAAGGAGCUGGGUCCCCUUUGCGUCGCCAGCAAAUCCUCAUUUACAGGAUUUGUCGCGUCUACGGCUCUUCUACGUUUCUUGUCUUUCUAUCUCGUCGAGGACCUCGGCGCUGAUGCCAGGACCAACUCGAGUGGGGACGACGACGUUGGACGGCGAAACAACAGCGCCAACAUGAUGUUCUUGGUGCCGCACAUGAUACAUUCCCUGGGAAUCCUUGCCAUCCCUUCCGAUAUAGGUCCCAUGUGCAAUCCGGGCUUCCUGAGGACUGGUCUGUACGUCGUCUGGAUGCUUGCUCGCGCAGCCGCGAUCAGGGAUAAUAUCGCGACUUUCCGCACCGUUUUCUCAUCGGGUCUUACCACUCCCAAACUAUCAGUGAUACGCUAUGCGAUCAUCGUGAUAUACAUUUGCGUGACAGCUCAGAUCCCUCUUGAACUAGGCGCUGUUGUUUUCAACGCGCGCGCACUGCUGGUGCUGUCAAUGGUCAGCAUGCAGGUCGCCAUUGCGGCGAUGCUGCUGGUGUGCGCCCUGAGGAUCUGGCGCCGGGGCAAUGCAAAGUCUCUGUCCGAUGAGAAGCCCGAUGAGCUUUUACAGACCGAAAAGUCUCUGUAG